GCUAUUUUGGACAGAAGGGUGAGGGCAAAAGACAGAACCCCCGAGAAGAGGGCUUGACAGAAAGAUUUGGGCGGGUGCAGCAGUCAACGACCGAGAUUCCGAGGUGCAGUCCAACCGUUGGAGACCGAAAGAUAGUUUAAGCCUAAGCGAGAAGGAUAGCGCCAUUUGGAUUUGCUUUUGGUUUUGGCUUUGGCUUGAAAUACGUCAAAGACUUAUCAAUCAACUGGGUUUGAGAUGGUGAAGGAGACCGAGUACUAUGAUGUUCUGGGUGUCAGCCCCACGGCAUCCGAAGCCGAGAUUAAGAAAGCUUAUUACAUGAAGGCACGGCAAGUGCAUCCAGAUAAAAACCCAAAUGACCCUCUUGCUGCCCAAAAUUUUCAGGCUUUAGGUGAGGCUUACCAAGUCCUAAGUGAUCCAACUCAAAGGCAAGCUUACGAUGCUCAUGGAAAAUCAGGAAUCUCGACUGAAGCAAUUAUUGAUCCUGCAGCAAUCUUUGCCAUGCUCUUUGGUAGUGAGCUUUUUGAGGAAUAUAUAGGCCAGUUAGCCAUGGCAUCAAUGGCUUCAAUGGACAUUUUUACUGAAGGGGAACAAUUUGAUACUAAAAAGUUGCAAGAGAAAAUGAGGGUUGUUCAGAAGGAAAGAGAAGAAAAGCUUGCAGAGAUAUUGAAAAGUAGACUCAACCAAUAUGUCCAAGGAAACAAAGAGGACUUUGUUAAUCUUGCAGAAGCUGAAGUUGCCCGGCUAUCCAAUGCAGCUUAUGGGGUUGAUAUGUUGAAUACCAUUGGCUACAUAUACGCAAGGCAGGCAGCAAAAGAGCUUGGGAAGAAAGCAAUUUAUUUGGGUGUGCCUUUUGUUGCUGAGUGGUUUAGAAACAAAGGGCACUCUAUUAAAUCUCAAGUUACAGCAGCAACAGGGGCAAUUGCUUUGAUCCAACUGCAGGAGGAUAUGAAAAAGCAACUCAGUUCAGAAGGGAACUAUACCGAAGAAGAACUUGAAGAAUACAUGCAAUCUCACAAGAAAUUAAUGAUCGACUCUUUGUGGAAGCUUAAUGUGGCCGACAUUGAAGCCACUCUUUCCCGUGUUUGUCAAAUGGUUCUUCAAGACAACUGUGCCAAGAAAGAAGAACUCCGUGCACGAGCUAAAGGGUUGAAAACUCUUGGUAAAAUCUUCCAGAGGGUUAAGUCAGCCAAUGGGAACGAGAAUGGAAGUGUACCAAAUAAGGCAUUACACAAAUUGAAUGGAAGUGAAACUAGUAAUGAUGCUUGUUCUCCUAGUACAUCACCCAAAUCUUCAAGUCCUGAUAGUUCAACUCAUGCUAUAUUUGUAUCCCAGAGCCCCUACGUGGAGGCCCCGCAAUUUGCUGGCAUGCAAUUUGACCACAAUUUUCCCCGGCCAACCGCCCCCCCAGGUGCCCAGAGGCCUGCUCAUUGAUAUCCCAGUGUUCUUUUUUUCUUUUUUGGAGCAGUGAGGGGAGUGUUACUUUAUUAUGGUAACUUGUCUGCUGUGCCCGUGCAAUAGAUUAUGUGCAGUGUGGUUAUGAAAAUCCCAUAAUUCUAUACAUAGAUGGGGAAAGAUAAUUUAAGGUAGCGUUAUGCUGGUCGUGCUUGGCUUCCAUGUAUUUUUGUAUUUUGAAUGUGUAUUUUGUUGGGGUACUAGCACAAAGGUUACUCUCUUCUUUUUCUCAUGCCCCCUCCAAAGAGUUAGUGCCAUGUCCAUUCUAGUGGGAUUCAUGUAUAAUUGAAACUCAUUUUAACGCACAACAUCAUAUAUAUAUAUAUAUAUAUUUGCGUUC